AAUAAGCCAACUGGGUUGUUUCAUGAUGUGAGUCUGGUGCUUAUUAUAACUCCUGUUGGGUACUGAGCUCUCACCCUGUACUUUUCACACAUGAGCUCAUUUAAUCCUCGUGUCCUGAGGAAGUGGAACUACUACUGUCCCCAUUUUACAGGUGUGGGAAACAAGUAUCAAAAGUCAUACACUUGGAAGUGGCAGUUAGGGGUUGGCACCAGGUCUAUCUGUUCCAGAGCCCAUGGCCUUAACAACUGUGUUAUUGGCCUCUCUUGGGGCAGGUUCUUCAUCACACAGAUUAAAAAUUCAGAGUGAAGAGGCUGAGACGAAUGGCCAUUUUUCCAGUGUUCAGUUACCACUGGCAUGUGAACUGAGCCAAGUGGGCUUGGAUGUGUCUCCUGUCAGUGACAGAAUGAUUGAGGCUUUAUCUGCCUAGGACGUGUUUCUGAAAGGCUAGGCAGUGUGUCCAAGCUUGCACAUGCCAGAGCGCUCGAGUUCUGCUCACAGGCAGGGUAUCUGUGGAGGAAGAACUCUUGAAAGGACUGAGAGUGGGAUCAGUUUGGGGAAGACAGUCUGCUUCCCAGAGCAGGCCAAGUCUCCACACUGCCACUAGCAGCACUCCGUCUGAUUCUCACAUCAGAUGGAGGAUACCAGGCUUUCUGCCUCGGAGGAGCUGUCUCUAACUGCAACUGUUCCCAGAGCCAUGGCUCUUAGCUCAGGACAUGAUGCUGAUACUGAAGAUGACCCAUCCCCAGUUGAGUCACCACGGGUGCUGGACCUCAGCCAACAGCCUCACAUCUCAGGUUUCCCUUUCUCGUCAAAGUGGAGGUCCAUGGUGAGCCCAGGGGCCACUGCUCCUCCAUUUUCCAGCUGCAGUGUCUCUGCCUCAUCCCCUAGCAGCAGUUUCCAGGGUCAACAAGAGAAGGCAGAGCCUCAAAGUUCCUCCCUUGCCAAAGUCUCCUCCUUGGAGCUGGUUGGCCCCCAUGUGGCCCCUUCUGUGGUGGGACCAGGGCCUCCGCUCCAGUGGUCUCCACAGCCUAUGUCCUCUGGGGAUGAUGCUCCUGGGCUUGGCAGAAGGCACCUAUCCUUCCAAGCUGAGUACUGGGCUUGCGUGCUGCCAGAUUCCCUGCCGCCUUCCCCUGACCGCCGCUCCCCCCUGUGGAACCCAAAUAAAGAGUAUGAAGACCUGCUGGACUAUACUUACCCACUUAGGCCCAGGCCUCGGCUCCCAAAGCACCUUGACAGCCACGUGCUGGCUGACCCUGUCCUGCAAGACUCAGGUGUAGACCUGGAUAGCUUUUCUAUCUCCCCAGCAAGUACUUUGAAGUCACCCACUAAUGUCUCCCACAGUUGCCCACCAGUGGAGGCCACUGCCCUGCCAUUUUCUGGGCCCAGAGAGCCAAACCUUAAAUGGUGGCACUCUGGAGUACCCCAGGAGCAGAGUAGCCCUGGGUUGCCAUCUUGUAGUCAGCUCACAUCUACUCCCAGAGCUGCAGGCAGUAAAGACACUCCUUGCGAAAGUAAAGAGCCAGCCCUGAGGGGCAUGAAAGACUGGCGGACCAUGGGCAAGCACCUUGAGGUGGGCCGUCCUCAGCUGAGGACAUGGGCUAGAGGAUGGCCCUCAACCAGACCAGAGAGAGAGAAGGGGGCUAGCCAAGGCAUCCGGCGCCCUGCCUGCAUGGAAUCUGGGUGGAAACCAGAAGAGUUGGAAAGUGACGAUGAAUAUCUUGCCCUGCCCACUCGGCUGACACAGGUUUCUAGCUUGGUUUCGUAUCUAGGUUCUGUUCCCACUUUGGUGACCCUGCCCACUGGGGCUGCUGAAGGGCAGAGCUCCCUGGAUGUGUCGGACAGUGAUGGGCCCACUUCCUUCCCAUCGGACUCCAGCCAAAGCCAGCUUCCUUCUGGGGCCGCCCUUAGAGGGUCUGGGGGGCUUGAGGGGCAGAACCACUGUUUGCUGCGCUCCUGUCUCCGUGCAAGGGACUCUGCGGGGGACAGCAGUCUGGUGAGCAGCCAGGCACUGGGGGUCUCCUCUGGAGCUCUGAGAACACGCUCCUCCUUGCCAGUUAUUUUGGACCGGCAGGCAUUCUCGGACUCAGAUCCUAAAGGGCAGCCUCCCAGGAGAGGAAGAGAGCAAGGAAAAGAAUCCCUCGUGCAGUGCGUGAAGACAUUUUGCUGUCAGCUGGAUGAGCUGAUCCACUGGCUGUACAACAUAGCAGAUGUGACCAACCACUUGACUCCACCCAAGUCCAGUCUCACAAGUCUCAAGUCUUCUCUGCAGCUUUACCGGCAAUUUAAGAAAGAUCUAGAUGAACACCAGUUCCUGGCGGAGAAUGUCUUACAGAAAGGGGAGACUCUUCUUCAGUGCCUGUUGGAUAACACCCCAGUGUUAAAGGAUGUCCUCAGGAGGAUCUCGAAGCAGCCUAGCGAGCUGGAGAGCCAUGCAGAUCACCUGUAUGACACUCUCUUAGCCUCUGUGGACAUGCUGGCUGGUUGCACCCUCAUUCCUGAUGACACACCAAUGGCACACAGGAGUGCUGGUGUGACGGAUUAGCCAGGCAUCUUCUCAGGCAGAGCUAUGAUCUGUCUCCCAAAACCUGGCUUGGUCAGAAACUUUCAGGAAGUCCUAGUAAGAGCCACUUAACACUGAUAUCAAGGGGGAAACUUAACCCUAAUAUACUAGCUUUAAAAUGCCUUUCUCUUCACUGAAGUAAGGGGCUGUUGAGUUACUAUUUUUAUUUAAAAUGAGUCCUUCCAAACUAAGGUGUUCUUUUGGUGCUUCUCUGCAAAGAGCGUGUCUUUGCAGUCUUUGAUAAAGGUUUAUAGGUUUACAGGUCUUUCCUCCCCCUCUACCCAGUUAAAAAGAGCAAACAGAGCUCCUAAACUAGUCUGUGCGCUGAGAUCAUUUCAAGAAGGCUAGUAUGAGAAAGAAGGUACCACAUACUCACUACUCUCAGGCAUACAGUUGGCCAGGAACUUGGGUCUUUUCAUAAAAUGAAGCUUACGUUUAUAAGUCCUACUUUGAAGAUUUUAGGAGAGACUGGAACUCUCCAAAUUCAUAGAAGGUUCUGAAUCAGUAGAAUCUCUACAAAUUAGUUUGGGCUACUAGGACACCUUUGGUCAUCAUCUUGGCUUAGGGCUCCAUCUGCCUGCCUAACAUCUUAAAGGAAAAUGUGUCAGGGACUUCGGGAACUGCCACUGAGCUUCAGCAAGGCUAUGGGACUUAAUGCUCCACAUUAAAGGUACCUCUAGGAGGAUGCACCCCUCCAUUCCUACUCCUGUGGAAGAGUAGUCCAAGGUCAGGGAAGGGAAGGGCAUGGAUAGGGUCACACAGCGUGGUUAACUACAGAAACAAAGGCCAUCAAUAGUGAAGGGGAAAGAGGAAUUUUUUGUUGCUUGGGAGUUGACUUGUAAGCACCUUGAUGAGAAAAUCUACAGAUAACCAUUUAAAGAAUCAAUUCUGUAGCUUUUAAAGCAAAAUGAUCACCUGUUGCUGGUAACGACAAAUUAUGCAAAACCAAAAAUCACUUAGUUCUUACUGGUCAUGAAUGAGCAUGGAAGGAGGAAAACACAUUUCCUCCCAUAUAAUUUUAGUAUUAUAGUGAGCUAAGAUUUAAGGAAAGGGUUCUUCAUACUUAAUUACAUGAGACAGCACUUGAAAAUCUUUUUUCAGACUCCUUCCAGAGUCUCAUUUGAGGAAGGUGCUUUAAAAAGGAAGAUCUUUUAAGUUUAUAAAGAAUGAACAAGUCAUCUUGAACCAAAAGAAGGUGAUGUUGGAGCAAUUACUCCAAUAAGCAGACCUCUGAUAUCCCUUCAGAACAAAAGCAUUUAGUACCAAAUUACUUUUUUAAAAGAAGUUUAGGACUUUAGUUUUGGGGGCUGAACCACAUAAUCUUAACACCUCACCCACCUCCAUAUGAACUGAAGUCCUAUUAUUAAGUUAACUUUUCUGCUUUAAAAUUUCAAGACUGCACAGUCACUGGGAAAUGAUAUAAAAUUUAAUAGUAGCUAUAUAAAAUUCAGUAUUUCAAGUGCCUGCUGCUACUAUGGUAUGGUUUACCAUAAUGCUUAAGGGCAUGAUCAGAAUUUAAAACCAUGUAUCAAGAUACUCCUGUAUUAUGAUUCUCCAUGUUAAUCUUGGUUCCAUACAUAGAUUUUGAUAAAACACCUCCUUAGCAAGUAAUUGUAUAUGUAAAAUAUUCUUAGCCUAGAAUUGGUUAAAAAGGCAGACAUGUCUAAUAGCCUCUAUUUUUAAAUUGGUAUACUUCACCUUCUCUUUGAUGUGGCUAUAAAUUGGUACAUGCCUUUCCACUGAGUAUGUUACAGGUUAGCUGUUAGGAGUUAAACCCAGUUCUUUACUAGUACUAUUUGAUAGGCAUGAAAAUAAGUCUAUAGAAAAAAAAAAAAAUUGAAGAUGACAACCCUAUAGAAACAAACUGGCCAGACUUACAGUAACUGAAUGCUGCACAUGCCAUUCUCUUCCCAUUCAAUCUAAUAAUUGUAAUGAUAGGGAUUUUCAGAGUACUUUAUUUCAAAGUACCCUGUUUACCAAGAAAGUACUAUUUUGCCUAGAGAUGAACUCAAGAUUUUUGUUCAUCUCCUUUGAAAUAAGGUGUGACUGAAGGGUGCUUAUUCUGGACCUAGCUGUGAAUGCCACUGAGGAAUAAUCAGCACAGCUGCUAAUUACAUCUUCAGCAAUGCUAUAAAAAGUUGAAGAGCUCCCUCAAAAUUGAAGCUGAAAUUGUUUCAGCCUAGGAAGAUGCCAGCAGCCUUUUCAUUGGCAAACAUGGCCAGGUUAUAUUCAAGUAGCCUGGCUGGACAGUGCACAGUGGUACACAUUAGCCUUAAGGACAUAGCCUACAGUGACAUAAGUGCGGUUAUGAAACCUCAAGUUUAGCUAGUAAAAUUUCCUAGUAGUCUCUUUAAAUCAGUAUAAUUUAAGUCCAUAGGAAGUGGCAGUACUAAGAGCUGUAUUGCCAGUUUUAAGACCUUCGUUCCUGUUGCAGCUCAUGGCUAAGCUCGUGCGCAAAUCAUAAAAUGUCAACAUAGGGCUGUUUUGAAGCUUAAACGGGAAAUAAGGAUUGAUGUAAAAAUAUGCUGCAAUGGCAACAUGUUAUGUAUGCUAAUGGAAAUUUCAAGGUCAAAGAAUAGGAAGUUACUGCUCAGAUCAGAUAGCUAUCCUGCAAGGAUUUCCCAGAGACUACACUGCUUAGGUUUAGCUUACAUUACAUUUGUCAGGUAAGCUAAUUCAUGGCAGCCACUUAUAGUUUGUAAGUGAUAAUUUCCCUUUAUUAAGUGAAUAGAUUGUCAAAGCCCAUAGUAGCUUGAAAUGUGUGUACUUGAAAAAGGGGGUAGGAAUGGGAAUAUACUUUUUUCAGGACUGCAUUUAUUGGCAUAUUCAUAAAAGCAAACAAUGGAGCAUGCUGAAACAUCUUGCUUGGGUAAGCC